AUGGACCCAAAAAAACGAUCUUAUUUGGACCCCAAGUACAAUCCUAUACAAGACAGUAUGCACAAACUGAAGGAGAUAUUGACCCUAAAUAACGUUCACUAUUCACAUAAUAGUAAGAAAAAAGAUUUGAUUGAGUUGUUUGAGAGAUAUAUAAGUCCAAGAUUACAAAAACUUCGUGAUCAAGAAAUUGAAAAAUUUAGAGAGGAGGAAAAGGCUGGAAAAUCAAAGAGUAUUAUAUCCGACUUCAUGCAGGCCGCUAAUUCGGAUGAACCAUCAUUUCAAAAGGUAAUUAGUUAUACCUUUUCCACCGAAAAAUAUUACGAGGUUCAAAGAUACUGCUGGAUUGGAGAGAAAAGAACUCGUGAAAGAUAUGUUAUUCGUCGUCCGACAACCAAAGUAUUGAAUCAAAUGGAAAACCUAAAAA